CGGUUCUUGAUCCAUUGAAAAAGAGCCGUUCAUUCGAGAACGACCCAUCACUAGCUCAGAGUCCACCAUGUGGAGACGUUGAAAUAUGAAAGCGUUUGUCACCUGCAUCAAUGAAUACGGUCUGGUCUGGAAUCACAGAGCUGGAUUUUGAUGGACAUAGCCUACACUAUGCUGAAAUUUAAGUUUGGUCUUCUAAUAUUCUUUGCAAUGAUAUGUUUAUAUUGGACAUGGUCCAUAUAUAUCAAAUUGAAUACAAACAAAUACCCUGCAAAAACACAUUGGCAAAUUCUCAUAAGUGAUCAAACAAUAACUCUGAUUAAAGACACUAAGCAUUUAAUGGUGUCUGCCUACAAAGACCACAGAGUGGAUGGAGCAAUCCGUAUCAUUAGUAUAAUCAGAAGAGGUGAUCUCCAGCCACUUCAUUGUUUUUUCUGUGAUGGGCAUGGCUGCUUUCCUGCCUCAGUGGCACAGGUGGAGAUGCACAGUGACCAUUUUGGAUUCCCCUUUGUGACCACAGAUGUGCUGUGCCAGAGUCCAUCUAUGUAUAAUAUGACACAUGUCACUAUAUCAAUACAUUCAGAUAUCAAAGCCAACCAAAACCAGCACUUCCUGUCCAUACAAAACAAAGAACUGAGAGAGGAGAAGAUAUUUCCAUACAACUUUACAGUGUGCAUCUCCAACCUUUUCGGAGGCUACAACAAUGUCCUGCAGUUUGUUCAAACUAUGGAGAUGUACAAACUCCUUGGGGUGCAGAGAGUGGUUAUCUAUAACACCAGCUGUGGUCAGGACUUGGAACCAGUGUUAGUUCACUACAGGGAAGAGGGUAUACUGGAAAUAGUAGAAUGGCCGAUUGAUCAGUUCCUCAACCCAUCCAAAGGCUGGAGGUUUGAGGAGCACAAAGGAGAUCUCCACUACUAUGGGCAGCUGACCACUCUGAAUGAAUGCAUCUAUAGAUACAUGUACCAGUCAAAGUAUGUACUUCUUCAUGACAUUGAUGAGAUUGUGAUGCCUUACCAACAUGCCAAUUUGCAUCUACUGCUGGAGGACCUUCAAUACCAGCACCCCAGAGUAGGAGUCUUUGUCAUCGAGAACCACAUAUUCCCCAAAAACCAUUACGAAGACAGUGGCAAGUUUAAACUGCCACAAUGGAGGGAAAUUCCAGGGAUCAAUAUCCUGGAGCAUAUUUACAGAGAACCCUCGAGAGAAGCUGUUUUCAACCCUACCAAACUGAUUGUCAACCCUAGACAUGUGGUACAGACAUCUGUUCACUCUGUGCUGAAGACUUUAGGGGAGACCUUCUGGGUACCACCUGAUGUGUGUCGGCUAGUACACGUCAGAGUUCCCCUGCAAGGGAGCCUCACUAAAGAUCAGCUGCUUGUGGACAAAAAGCUGUGGGAAUAUGAAAAGGAGCUAGUUCAAAAUGUUGACAACACUUUAAGGAAAUCUGGACUGUUGCUUUGAUGAUGCAAAUCUGAUUUUGACAUUCUUUUGUCAUUUUUGUUUAUUGGCCUAUUUCAUAUGAAUAAUAGUCUGUUUUGCUAUAGCCAAGCCUUGACGACUCGUUAGACAGUAAGGUCAGCCACCUCCCAACUUGGCAGAAAAUGACUGUGCGAUGAAAUGAAUAAGAGUGAAUGGACAAUUAUUGCAUUAUGAUCGUCCCUGAUGUUUUCCUAAGCUUCCCAAUACCUACCUGAUUGCAUUUCAGACACUACAAACUAUACUUCCUUCUGAUUUAUUUUUGGACUAUCUUUUUUUGCUAUGUAUUAGUGUGUUAUUCAUUGCGCUGCUAUGAGUUAAUAGCAUUAAGGCCAAAUUCAAUGCUUCAUAAAAAUACAAAUACAUACAUAUUUGUUUCUUAUACCUCCAGGGUUCCUAAAAUAAAACAGCCAUAUGGUCCAUGUAAUUACUAUCUUAAAACAAUUCCAUAUGUUAGGGUAGUAAAUAUCAGACAAAAAUGGCUUAUAUUCUCAGUUCUGACACUUUGGUUAACUCUGUUUGUCAUUUAUUUGACAAACCUGUUUUUAACUUGUCCCAAGGACCUCCCCUUGUGUAUAAAAAGGUGGCGUUAUAUUAAAGGAUGUAAAGUUUUCAACCAAUUAUUCAGCAAUGAUCAAUAAUUUACUGAAUAAUUAGUAACAUUAAUAGCAUUAAUUUCCAUUUGACAGUUGUGUGUACUAUUACUGUUUGUGAGAGUGUAUCAUUAUUUGUUAAGUGAUUUUUAAUUGGAAAAAAACUUGAAAAUAUGUUAAUCUGACUCCUCUCUUCCUGUUUCACAAACACCCGGAGGUGGACUGGCCAUAAGGAAAAAAAUGAUUUACCAGCAAACAAAAACUUCUAAUGUGUAUUCACCAUCAGUUAUACAUGCAUGUCACUUUAGUGUUAGUUUCCAUACAUAUUGCCUCAUUCCAUUACAUCUUUUACCUUUCUUUCCUCUGUCACAUUUGUGUGAUUGUUCCUGAGGUUCGCUAGCAAUAGUGGAACAUAUGACUAACAUAUUACAAUUUUGCCAAUAAUUUUGUGGCAAAUACCAGAUGGGCUGGUCCAUUUUUAGCCCAAUGGGCAUGUCUAUUUUGUUUUGUGGAAAAUGGUAAUUAUCUUUUUAAUACUGGGACCU